AUGCAAUUCCACCUUAAUGGUUUCAAGAGCUCCGGCGAUCCUUUACAGGACCUUUACGAAGGCGACCAAGAACCAGACUUCCAAGCAUCUCUUCCGCAAGAAGUUGAUGUCCUCAUUGUCGGUGCUGGACCGGCAGGACAACUUCUCGGGACCCAACUAUCACGCUUUCCCAACAUCACAACCCGCAUCAUCGAGACGAAACCUGGUCGCCUUGUACAAGGACAGGCAGACGGUCUACAAUGCCGUACGAUCGAGAUCUUCGAAGCAUUUGGAUUCAGCGAAAGGGUAUUGAAGGAGGCGUAUUGGGUCAACGAGACCACUUUCUGGUCACCUACCGAGGAUGGUAUGGGCUUGAGGCGGACCGGGAGGAUACGAGAUACAGAGGAGGGGCUCAGUGAAUUCCCGCAUGUCAUCUUGAACCAAGCAAGACUACAUGAUCUAUGGCUGGAUUCGAUGAAAGGCAGUGCGACGAGAUUAGAGCCGAGCUACAGCAGGCAGAUGUUCCGCAUGACUAUACCGGAAUCUGGACCUGUAGAAGUGGAAGUUGAGAGGCUGGAUGAUGCACACAAGGGCCAGAAGGAGAAGAUACGAGCCAAGUAUGUCGUUGGCUGUGACGGCGCGCGAAGUGGUGUUCGGCGAGCUAUGGGCUAUGAGAUGAAGGGAGACUUUGCCAAUCAAGCAUGGGGUGUAAUGGAUGCACUGGUCGUAACGGACUUUCCAGAUGUUAGACUCAAGACCGCCAUCCAUUCGGCAGACGAAGGCAGUGUCCUGAUCAUCCCACGAGAAGGCGGGUAUCUGGCACGAUUUUAUAUCGAACUCGAUAAGCUGAAGCAGGACGAGCGGAUAGCGAGCAAGAACGUGACAGCAGAGGUCUUGAUUGACCGAGCGCAACGUAUAUUCAAGCCAUUCAAGUUUGAAGUACGGCACAUUGCAUACUGGUCUGUCUACGAGGUCGGGCAGCGUCUCACAGACCACUUCGACGACGUACCCGAAGCAGAACGUGAGCAGCGAAAUGCACGUGUCUUCAUUGCUGGAGACGCUUGCCAUACUCAUUCUGCAAAAGCAGGCCAAGGCAUGAAUGUGUCCAUGAACGAUGGAUAUAACCUUGGCUGGAAGCUCGCAGCAGUCCUCCAUGGCUUGGCAGAACCCAAGCUACUCUUCACCUAUACGGACGAGCGACAAGGUAUUGCCAAGCUCCUCAUCGAGUUCGACGGCAAGAUAAGCAAAUUGUUCGCUGCUAAACCGAAGAACAAGGCUGGGGAGGACGACAAAGAUGCCAUUGAUCCGGCUGUGUUUCAGGAGUAUUUUCAGCGACAGGGACGCUUCAUGGCCGGAGUCGAAACAAAGUACUCACCUGGUCUGUUGACUUCAGGCGAUACAACACAUCAAGACCUGGCCACUGGGUUCGAGAUCGGCACCCGCUUCCACUCAUGUCAAGUCCUUCGACUAGCGGAUGCAAAGCCGGUCCAGCUUGGUCAUGUAAUGGAUGCUGAUGGUCGAUGGCGAAUCGUGCUUUUCGGCGACAAGUCUGAGCCUACUUCUUCAGCAUCGCCACUUGCCAAGACGUGUGAACUUUUGUACAAGAAGCUCUUGCCCAAGUUUACACCAGCAAAAGCAGAUAUCGACAGUGUUAUCGACGUACGAGCAGUCCUGCAGCAGAGCCGAAUCACGAUCUCAAUCUCAGAUCUGCCGCAGAUUUUGCUGCCACAUAAGGGCGUUUUCGGUAUCCAAGACUAUGAGAAAGUAUUCACUGACGAAGAGAGUUAUGGCUCUGGAUUUGGCAAGAUCUACGAGAGUAGGGGUGUAAGCAAAGAGAAGGGAUGUCUGUUGGUCGUACGGCCAGACCAGUAUAUCUCGUCCGUGCUGCCGCUUGGUGAGGAAGCGCAUGCGCCGCUGGAGAACUUCUUCGGUGGCUUCAUGAAAGAUCAAUGGAGCAGCAACGGAACGAAUGGUCAUGCAUGA